AUUUGUGUAUGUUAUUCUGAUUAGAUUGUUUUAGGUUGUGUAUACGAACUUGUGCUUGUUUUUCUGCAUAUUAAUCAGUAGUGUUUUAUUGUUCAAACAAGUUAUCGAUGACAUAUCGAUAGGUUAUCGAUAUAAUGUCGACAAGAUUGAAAGUUGUUUGACCAUUAGAAUUGUCUGUUGUUAGUGUAUGUCGAUAGGAUAUCGUUGGUGUAUCGAUAGGAUGUCGACCUUUUUUGGAAUAAAAGUGCAGGUCUAUAAUGUCGAUAGCAUAUCGACCUUAUGUCGAUAUCUUGUCGACCAGUUGAUUGAAUUGUUAUGUAGUUGAUAUAUGUUUGAUAAUGUCGAUCGCAUGUCGACAUGAUGUCGACCUUAUGUCGACGAUUUUUGUUUACUGCAAAUAUAGUCCAGGUUUCUUUGUAUGUCGACAGGAUGUCGACAGUUUGUCGAUAUGCUGUCGACAAAGUUAUUUUGUUACUGCUUUUGUGAUAAUGUCGACAACAUGUCGACAGUAUAUCGACAGUUUGCCGACCAAAUUAUUUGUUUACUAACUGUUUGGUAAUGUCGACUGAAUAUCGACAUGAUGUCGAUGUUAUGUCGACCAUUUUUUAAUUUUUUUGGCAGUUAUAUUGAUUUGUUUUUUGUUUUUUCAGAUGGCUCCCAGACUCAUUAUUCCAGCACCCGAGCAUUUUACUGGCCGCGUCACAUAUAGAGGCACUGGAAUUUUUGCAAAAAUCAAAGCUCGGUUUGAGGAGUUCAACCUUAAUAACACGGCGAAGGAAAGCCGUUUCGGGAGCUUCUGGAAUGCCGUACCCUUGACAUUCUCCUCGGUGUUAUUUCACCAGCUGAUGCUCCACAAAAUGAAAGUGGAUGCUCAGGAGGAGUUGAGGAUGCGGUUUUACGUUGGUCGGAAGGAGGUCAGAUUCGGGGUGCUGGAGUUUGCACUCAUUACUGGCCUGGACUUCUCCUCGGGGCCAACAGAAGAGGAGAAGGCUGCGCAGGUCGCGCGCUCGGGGUCAGACCGAUUGAUCAACAAAUAUUUCAACCGGUCUGAUAGUGUGAAGACAGAAGCACUCCAAGAUAGGUUCACAAACUGUCAGAACCCGGAAGACUUGUACAAGCUCGGCUUGUGCUUGUUUGUGGAGUCAGUGCUUCUGGGCCGCGAGGCAAACGCGCUGAUUACGCCUCACAUACUUAGAUAUGUGGAAGACCUCGAGUUCUUCUUCCGGAUUCCUUGGGGGAAGCACUCAUUCGCCAGACUCAUGCACUCGCUUCAAAAAGGCAUGUUGAAACAGAAGGCCAACUACGAGAAGAAGCUGAGUUCGGAUGUUCAGCACGGGUGCAAAUACACAGCAUAUGGCUUCGCACUUGCAGUACAAUAUUGGGCGUACGAGGCCAUUUUGGAGGUUGGGAAGAGGUAUGGCACGAACCACAGGAUUCGGUUCCCCAGGAUGCUUAGCUGGACGAGCAAAGGCGAUAUUGGGAAGAAAGACGUCAGCGCAUUAUUUUCUAGACGGAAUCUUGAAGUGGUGAAGGGGCUACUUCCACGGACAGAGGAGGAGGCAUUUGUGAGGACCAUAUCUUACGAUGGUGUGGAGAACCUGGUUGAUGAUGGUGUGGAUGACACAGAGGCUGAGGCAGGUAGUCAGGUACCAGAGACUCAGGUCCCAGACACUCAGGAAACAGACACUCAGGCCACUGGUUCAGAACCUCAGCCCAGUGCACCAUCUUCAUCAGGCGUUCGGGGUGCCGAGUACACUGAUUUAGUGGCGAGGUUGGAUAGGAUCGAGGCUGACACUCAGGGUCUGUAUGCUGCUCAUGUCGAGCUGAAGAAGGCAUACGAGACCAGCCAUGUAGAGCUGAAGGGUGGUCAGAACGUAAUUAUGGAGCAGCUCAGAGACAUAUUGGCCAUGUUGAAUCGUCCGCCAACGACAGCUUCAGCACCGGAGGCCCCAGCAGAUCCAUCUACCCCACCACCAGCUGCUUCACCCCCAGUAGAAGAGGAGGAGGUCUUCCCCGACGACUACGAUCCUUAUGAGGGAACUCCAGCGACUCCGAUCGAGGCACAACCUGUUAUCCAUGUACAUGACACCGAGUCGCAGGGUGAGAUUCUGUCGAUAGAGGCACCACCUGUAGUGGUUAAGAGUCGGAAGAGGAAGAGAAAGCCUCCUGUAUGGUUCGGUGACUAUACGGAGAUGAAGAGGAGACAUAGGCCAUCUUCGACUUUUGAUCCCCUGGAGCCACCGGAUGAGAAAUUGUUAAUUACUUUCCGAAAGUGGUGUGUUGGACUCAUUCCGAACCACCGACUUCGGGAUUUGAGAAGUGGUGAUUACGGUCCAGGAUUCUUUUGGAUAAUGCUCACACCAAAGGAAUGGCUUACAGAUGACCAUAUAGAUGCAGCAAUGCAUAUGCUGAGGAGGCGACGCACCGACUAUCCACUGACAUUUCCUCAGAAGGGUGUCAUUCUCUCCACAUUCGUGACCAGCAUGAUCAGCAGUGCAUGGACGAGCCACAAGGGUUCGAGGAGAAACUUUGUGUGGGAGGAUUAUGUAAUAUCCCGAUAAGCCUAAUGGUAAAUAAUUCGAGUUUAUAUUUAUACUAUGGGUUAAUCAGGUAAUUAUUGGGAUUAUGAUCUUACUAAUCUAUUUCAGUAUAAAAUUUAAAUUUUGCUAUAAGUGAGUAAAUAAUUGUAAUUUGUUAAUUACAGAGAUUUAUAUAGCAUGUGUGAAUGUAAUAUGAGCUAUAUGUGGAAUAAAAAUAUUUUCAGGUUGGGCGACCCUGGAGACUCAAUAAGUGGAUAUAUAAGCGUAAUUUAUUAAUUACGGGGAUUUAUUUGAAAUACGUGGAUACAAUAUGAGUCAUUUGUGAAAUAAAAAUAUUUUCAAGUUUGGCGACCCAGGAGACCUGAUUGGAGGUCAAAAAUGUCACAACAGUUUUAGUUAGAAAUAUUGAUAAGAUUAUUGGGAUAAGUUGAUUUUAGAAAUAUCGGGGUAUUUUAGAGUACUCGAAGUUGGCCAAAUACCUUAGAAAUAGAAAUUUCUUAGUGGCUAAGAAAUAAUAGAUAACUAUUAAUAAUAAAGU